GACUGGUGUGUUCUUUCUUAGUUUUUAUUUUUGUCUUCAUAAAUGUACUAACUCCUAAGUAUUUGUUGGCUUUUGUUUCCUUUUCAUAUGUGUCUUUGUUGUUUACUUUCAAUUGCAAGCAGUUACUCAUUUUUCAGAGUUAGUCAUUUGCUAAAUUAUACGUCACUUUGUAGUACACUUGCAGCAUGUAUCCGACCUCUCCUGAAAUAUAACAGAUGCCUAAACUCUAUUCUUCCACAGUUCUUUACAACAGUAUCGAACAUACCAUAAAAUAAACUUCUUUUUCAAUUUAGAAUUUGGUUCUUAGCCUGGAAGUGCUUGGAAGGGUUCUUGAUAUUGUAGACCAGGCUGUCCCAAACCCACAGAGACCCACCUGACUCCCCUGAAUUCACUAUUUCUUCUAGAACUCAGUAUAUCUUUGCUGUUCCUUUUACAUUAUGUAUGUAAUGUAUACUUUUCUUUGUCUUUCUCUGAGAUAGGGCAUUCAUAUUUAAUAAAAUGUUGCACGGUACACAGUUCCAGUCUCUUCCUGUGUACUGAUUUUUUUUCUCCUUGUAGCACGCCAGUUAUUCCAGAACAGUAGGCAAGGAUUAUCAUACAAGUUAAAAGAGUCCUUUAAGGCAGAAUUAAAAAAAAAAAAAAAAAGGCAAAACCCUUUUGACGAAGGUACGGAAUCUGCUUUGUUGACAAGAAUAUGAACUUCCUCUCAGCAGGGUUCAGGGUGCAGCAGAGACACUGCUGUGGGCUAGGUCAUGUGCUUGGGUGGAGAGUGUGGCUGUGCAGGAUGUGAGAGGGGGCGCGAGUGCAGAGGCUAACACUCUCCUCCUUUGCCAUGGCAGAUCUCAGAACAUAUUGGGGAAGUGUUUAUUCCAGAAGAUCUCUUCCUUCUUGUCCAGCUGUUCCUAAAAUACGUCUGACUUCUGAGACUGGGAAUGAAGUAACCUAUGAUGAUGUGCAUAUCAGCUUCACUUCCAAGGAAUGGUCUUUGCUGGAUCCUUCCCAGAAGAGUCUCUACAAAGAUGUGAUGCUGGAGAUUUAUAGUCACCUUACUGAUAUAGGCUACAAAUGGGAAGCCCAUGACAGUGAAGACCAUGGUCAACGAUUUAGAAGACAGAGAAGGCCUAAAAGAAGUCAUACUGAAGAGAAACCCUACAAAUGUACUCAAUGUGGUAAAGCCUUUUCAUAUCGACAACUUCUCCUCAUUCAUAACAGAACCCAUACUGGAGAAAAACCCUAUGAAUGCAAUCAAUGUGGGAAAACCUUUUCACAACGGAGUCAUCUCAACACUCAUAAAAAAACUCAUAGUGGAGUGAAACCAUUUCAGUGUAAUCAAUGUGAGAAAGCUUUUACACAUCGAGGUUAUCUUAAAAAACAUGAAAGAACUCAUACUGGAGUGAAACCCUAUGUAUGUAACCAAUGUGGUAAAUCUUUUUCAAAAACCUGUAGUCUCCAAAUACAUAAAAGGAAUCAUACAGGAGAGAAACCCUAUAAAUGUAAUCAUUGUGAGAAAGCGUUUGCAGAUUAUACUUGUCUGAAAAUACAUAAAAGAAUUCAUACUGGAGAGAAACCCUAUGAAUGCAAUCAAUGUGGUAAGGCCUUUUCACAACAGAGUCAUCUCACCAUUCAUAAUAGAAGCCAUACUGGAGAAAAACCCUAUGAAUGUAAGCAAUGUGGUAAAGCUUUUUCAAAUUGCAGUACUCUUAAAAUACAUGAAAGAAUUCAUACUGGAGAGAAACCCUAUGAAUGUAAGCAAUGUGGAAGACUGUUUUCACACGACGCUGGUCUCCGGGAACAUAAAAGAACUCAUACUGGUGAGAAACCCUAUGAAUGUUCUGAAUGUGGGAAAGCCUUUCGAAAACACAAUGGUCUCCAAAUGCAUAAGAGAACUCACACACAAGAGAAACCUUAUGAAUGUAAGCAAUGUGGUAAUGCUUUUUCAAAUUGCAGUACUCUUAAAAUACAUGAAAGAAUUCAUACUAGAGAGAAACCCUAUGAAUGUAAUCAAUGUGGGAAAGUGUUUGCACACGAUGCUGGUCUCCGGAUGCAUAAAAGAACUCAUACUAAUUAGAAACCCUAUGAAAGCAACCAAUGUGGGAAAGCUUCAAAUUGCAGUGCUCUUUAAUUACAUGAAAGAAUUCAUACUAGAGGGAAACCCUAUGAAAAUGGAAAAGCAUUUUCAAUAUAUAGUGCUGUCCCAAUGCCUAAGAGAACUCAUAAAAGAGGGAUCGCCUAUGAAUGUAAGCAAUGUGAAAAAACUUUUUCACAACAGAGUAAGCUUCAGAUUCAUAAAAGAACUCAUACUAGGGGAAGACGUCCACGGUGCUUCUGACGUCAUACACUCCAGCGAGAUGCAAGCCACCUACCUGUGUCCUGAAGAUAUGAGCUGACACAAAGACAUCAUGGCUCAUCUAAUCCUACGUUGUUCAGGCAGGCUCAAGCCAUGCCCUCUCCAAGCUGGGUGCUCAGAUCCUGGCAUGGCAGGAAGACAUCUGUGAGCCCAUCGGAUUCCAGUCUGCUCAGGCAUGUCUAGUGCAAAGGCCAUGAUGUGAAGCAAGUUUUCUUGGGGAAUCCAGUGUAUUAGAGAUUCGAGAGUCGUGGUAUACCCGCUAAUGAGGCCUCUGACUGGGAGUGGAACCAGUCCAACAGAAAGAAGUGUGUUGCCACCAACAAUGCUGAACAGAGUUGGAGAUGGUGUUCUGAUGCAGAAUUUCGAGUAUGACCACCUGUUAUUUGAUUGUUUUUUGGUCUUGUAUUUUCCCUUCCCUAAACUUUGGAAUCGUAAAGUAUGUUGUAAGCCAUUAUAUGUUGGAAGUAUGCAGUCUUCUUUUUGAUCUUGAUGUUACAGGGGAUUACAGUUAAUAGAUUACAUGAUCUCAAAAGAGAAGUUGAACUUUGGACUUCCAACAUUGAUGAGACUGUGAUAAACUAUGGGAACUUUUGAAGUUGAACUGAAUAUAUUUUGCAUUCUGAUAUUGUUGAAACCUUUAUGUUGAAAACUCUGUCCCCUGAAGCUGGGAUGGCCAUGUGGAUUCCUGGCAUCUACCUCUGGUGCCACGUAGCUCCACUGUGGGACAUGGUAAACUAAUGGACCCAGAUUGCUGCUGAGAACCAUGUCUGGCUUCAUGGUCCUAUCAAAUCCUGGGCCUGUGUUGAAGUCUGUGGCCCAUUUUGCCAUCAAUGACGAGGUUGAUGUGCAGGGUCAGGUCAGCCUCCUGAAUCCAAGUGGAGGCUGGAACUGUGCAGAUCUGAGCUGCCUGUGCUGCUGCUUCAUGUCAUGGUGAUGUCUGGGCCAAAGUUACAGCUGAGGGCCAUGUCUGUGUCCCUGGCCCUGCUGCAGCAACAGUCUGUGUUGAUGUCUCAGGUUCCUGUUACAAUGGAAGGCCAUAUGAAUGCCCAAGAUUUUUUCAUAUGUUAGGGAAGAGGGCCACACUGCUGUACAGACUGUCAAUCUGAGUGUCCUGCACUGCCACCUGGGGCAGUAGUGACAUUGAGACCUGGCUCCUGCUGGGGACCAUAUUCUAUGUCUGUGCUCCUACCCUAGAAGAGAUCUGUGUUGAAGUUCAAGGCCUGUGUUGCCAGCAAAGUCACAUGGAAGCCAGGUAUCAGGGCUGCAAUCUGUAGACUUGUCAGUGACUGGGAGCCAUGCCGCCACCAGAAUCCUACUAUUCUGAGUGGUCUGUGCCUCUGCCUGGAGCCAAGGUGACAUUUGGGCCCGCGCUCCUGUUUUGGCCACUUCUGGGUCUGUGGUGGUGCUACAGCAGAGCUCUGUAUUGAUGGCUGUGUUCCAUGUCACCUCAGGAGACCAUAGUCAUAUGUGUCAUGAAAUCAGGGCCAUGCUGAGCCCUCCCCACCCUGGCCACAGGAUAGCUGCUCCUGCCUCUCACUUGACACUUUGAGAUCUGGCUGCAGCCCUCAUGGGAGAGCUACUUCUCAGCAUGGGUGAGCGUGGAUUUACUCGGAAGACUUGGGCAUCAAAGAGCGGGCUCCACCCACCCUGUACUUAAGGGAGGAAUCCCCAGUUGCCUAGAUUGACCAACUCAAGUCCCACUCAGACCACUGGUAUACCCAGAGUUGGCACAUCCUAGCAUUUGCACAAUUUAGGAUCUGCUGGAGCUCGAGAAGGGACUGGUCCUGUAGAGCAAUAAAUACCUUCAGUGUCUCCAUGACUUGGGCAGAUGCACAAUAACCAAGAGGAGUUUCAGUGAAUCCAGUGAUGAUGUCAUACCAGAAACCAGAGCCUUGAACAAAAGCAAUGACUCAGUGGAAUGAACACCUGCAAGUACAGCUGAUUGGAAAAAAACGUGCACUGUGAAAUACCAUCUCCCAGUGCCACCAGGAACAGUGAAAGGGUGAGGGAAACUGGGAAAGAUGGAGGAGCGAAGAGGCUAUUUUUUUUUGUUUUUGUUUGCUUGCUUGUUUUGGCUUGAUUUUUAAAAUAAUUUUCUUUUUGUGGGUGCCGCAGGCUGUCUUGGACAGGAAGGUGAGUGGAAUGGGGGUUCAUGAUGAUCAAUUCCCAUGGAUUCAAUAAAGAAAUUAUAUUUUUAAAAAGA